UAAAACCCGCAGGGUGCGCAGUACGCACCUCCAAUGCAAAAAUCUCUUCCUCCAAAACCCAAAUGUAUCUGAGAGAGAGGAGGUUUUAGCAGGGUUUAAGGCGGCUCUCUCUCUCUCUCUCUCUCUCUCAUGACUUCAAAUCACUUUCCACCCCCUUCUUUCCAACCUUCUCGUCGAUCUGUCAAUCUCAUGCAUUUUCCCACCUUCUCAUCUCCUCCUGUCUCCUUCAAAGAUCUCCCAAUUUGAUGUACAGUAGCAGCUGCGGCAGCUGUAUCUCUCUUAUCAUCUUCCCUACAAAUCACUUCAACCAAUACAAUCCCUUUGUUCCAAUCGAAAACCCCAAGAAAUCCCACUCAAAUCCAUACAAUUCCACCCGAAAGAUGCUGCGGAACAUCUCGAAACAUGCUUCCUCAUCGAAGAAGCUUCGGUUCCUCAGUGGCCCAUCUCCCCUACCCACUUCCGCCUUUCUGGGUUCUUCCCAAAAUCCAAUAUUUCCUGAUAAAAUCCGGCUGUUUGAUCUCAAGCCCAGUGUAAGUUCUGCGUUUCCCGAGAUGGGUUUCUGCCGGAAUGGUGAAUUAUCACCUUGGGAUGAAGAUAUGAUUAAAACUUCUGGCGCGUUCUUUGUGAGGAGGUGUUUUGGGCCCAAAGCCCGGUCGAAUUUUGGGAUCCGUGAAAUGGGUUUUGGCCAAAAUGGUGAAUUGUCGUCAUUUGGUGGGUAUUUCGAAAACCCAUUUGGUUUUUGUAAGCAUAUGAAUCCGGUGAUGGGUUUUGCGAGCGUUGCGGAGGCAGUCUCUUCGACGGAUGCUGACGAAGAGGUCUCUGUAGUUGAGGAAGUACGUGAAUUUAGGCAGAAGCAGCACAAACCGCCAGGGGGAAUUGGGCAUGGCAAGCUGUUUGCGCUACGCAAAAGGCAAGAGAAGACGGAGGCGGAGGCAUGGGAGCAGGCAGCAAAGGAAUACAAGGAACUUCUCAUGGACAUGUGCGAGCAGAAGCUGGCGCCAAACCUGCCAUACAUGAAAUCCCUGUUCCUGGGCUGGUUUGAGCCAUUGCGCAAUCGUAUAGCCAAGGAGCAGGAGUUGUGUAGGGAGGGAAAGAACAAGGCAGCAUAUGCGAUAUUCUUUGAUCAGUUGCCAGCAGACAUGAUGGCCGUCAUCACAAUGCAUAAGUUGAUGGGGCUGCUGAUGACCGGGAGCGAGCAUGGGAGUGCCAGGGUAGUCCAGGCAGCUUGCCAGGUUGGCGAAGCCAUCGAGCAUGAGGUUAGGAUCCACAGAUUCUUGGAAAAGAAUAAGAAAAAGCACAAUAAGGAGAAGAGUAAUGGAGGUGAGCCUGAUCCUGUUGCCAAAGAACAAGAGAUUCUGACGAAAAGAGUUACUAACUUGAUAAAAAAGCAAAAGCUGCGUCAGGUGAGGAAGAUAGUCAAGGGUCAGGAUGAUUCAAAGGGCUGGGGUCAGGAGGCUCAAGCUAAGGUUGGGAGCCGUCUCAUUGAAUUAUUGAUAGACACAGCCUAUAUUCAACCUCCAGUUGAUCAGUUAGCAGAUGGCCCGCCUGAUAUUCGGCCCGCCUUUAGACACUCCCUCAAAACGGUCACAAAAGAACAGCAGAAAGUGAGCAGAAGAUACGGAGUUAUUGAAUGUGACCCCCUAGUUCGCAAAGGGCUAGACAGAACUGCAAGACACAUGGUGAUCCCUUACAUGCCAAUGUUGGUGCCCCCAAAGAACUGGAUAGGGUAUGACAAAGGAGCUUACUUGUACUUACCGUCUUAUGUCAUGCGCACGCAUGGAGCCAGACAACAGCGCGAAGCAAUUAAAAGAGCUCCAAAAGGGCAGCUGCAACCUGUUUUUGAGGCCCUGGAUACACUUGGGAAUACAAAAUGGAGGGUUAAUAAAAGAGUACUUAGUGUUGUAGACAGAAUAUGGGCGAGUGGAGGCCGUCUUGCUGACUUGGUUGACCGCGAAGAUGUUCCUCUGCCUGAGAAGCCAGAAACAGAAGAUGAAGCUGAAAUCAGGAAGUGGAAGUGGCAACUUAGAGCAGCAAAGAAGGAAAAUAGUGAAAGGCAUUCUCAGCGGUGUGACAUAGAACUUAAACUUGCCGUAGCCCGAAAAAUGAAGGAUGAAGAGGGCUUCUUUUACCCUCACAACCUGGAUUUCCGAGGUCGUGCAUAUCCAAUGCAUCCAUAUUUAAACCAUCUCGGGUCGGAUCUAUGUCGCGGUGUCCUUGAGUUCGCAGAGGGACGCCCAUUGGGGAAGUCGGGCUUACGUUGGUUGAAGAUACAUCUAGCAAAUUUAUAUGCUGGUGGUGUGGACAAGUUAUCUUACGAAGGCCGGACAUCAUUUACGGAGAAUCACUUGGAUGAUAUAUUCGAUUCUGCAGACAGGCCACUUGAAGGUAGGCGGUGGUGGCUGGGUGCUGAGGAUCCAUUUCAGUGCUUGGCUGUCUGCAUCAAUCUUGCGGAAGCAUUAAGGAGCACCUCACCAGAGACUACCAUCUCACACAUGCCUGUGCAUCAGGAUGGUUCAUGUAAUGGCUUACAGCACUAUGCAGCGCUUGGAAGAGACAAGUUAGGGGCAACUUCAGUCAACUUGGUUGCUGGAGAGAAGCCUGCAGAUGUCUACUCUGGAAUAGCUGCAAGAGUUCUUGAUAUAAUGCGGAAAGACGCGCAAAAUGAUCCUGCAAUAGAUCCUAAUGCAGCACGCGCUAGGCUUUUAAUUGAUCAGGUGGACCGAAAGCUUGUGAAGCAGACUGUCAUGACAUCAGUUUAUGGUGUUACUUAUAUUGGGGCCCGUGACCAGAUCAAAAGAAGGUUGAAGGAACGGGAUGCUAUUGCAGAUGACCAGGAGCUAUUUGCUGCAUCUUGUUAUGCCGCUAAAACUACCUUAACCGCUUUAGGGGAGAUGUUCCAAGCUGCACGUAGUAUCAUGAGCUGGCUUGGAGACUGCGCAAGGGUUAUUGCUUCGGAAAAUCAGCCGGUGAGGUGGACAACCCCCCUUGGACUUCCAGUCGUACAACCAUACCGCAAAUUAGGAAGGCAUCUUAUUAAAACAUCUCUUCAAGUGUUGACUUUACAACGGGAAACUGAUAAGGUCAUGGUCAAGCGGCAGAGAACAGCUUUCCCUCCAAAUUUUGUCCACUCACUUGAUGGGUCCCACAUGAUGAUGACUGCAGUUGCCUGCAACAAGGCCGGCUUAAGUUUUGCAGGAGUUCAUGAUUCGUACUGGACGCAUGCAUGUGAUGUUGAUGAAUUGAACAGGAUACUUAGGGAAAAGUUCGUCGAACUCUAUGAAACACCAAUAUUGGAGAAUCUGUUGGAGAGCUUCAAGCAAUCGUUCCCAUCAUUAAGUUUCCCUCCCCUGCCAGAGCGAGGAGAUUUCGACUUGAAAGACGUACUUGAUGCCAGAUAUUUCUUCAACUAAUCUUCAGUGCUCUCCACUCUUCUUUGUCACAUUCAACUGCUGUGCAGUGGCUCUGAAUCAGUGGUUCCAUUCAAUGUCUGGCACUCAAUUGGGGGAUGGCGGUAUUGUAUUCUUUCAUUUGUUAGCGUGGCAAAGCUGAGGGAGGGUUCCGCCGAACAGGUUCUGCUCUUACAACCCAAUUGGACCAGCCAUGCUGUUGAUGUAAAUAUAUCAGAACAAGAUGUUUUCAAGCAUGGAAGAGAAGAUGUCCAUGUAUUGCACAGUACCUCUACUCGGGUGGGCCCUAUUCUUCCAUGUUGUGUGGGCCACAUGUGAUUUAGGUAAAAUCAUGGAGAAGCUUGCUACAAAGAUACGCAUGCAUAGAGAGAGAGAGAGAGAGAGAGAGAGAGAGAGAGAGAGAGGCUUGCUUGAGGCUGACUGGCUAACCAUGAAGUAAAGAGCAGAUUUAGAUUAGAUAGUUUUUGAAGGUGAACAGAUGAAGAAUGAUAUAAUCUAUAAACCACUCCUUGUUAAUCGAUGAAGCUGGUUCUAUCCGAAGUGAGCUUUCUCCAAAUUAGUUUGCGGUCUCGAUUCAAGUGGGCCAUAACCGAGGAACCUCUGAUGGUCUUGAAAGAGCAACUGAACGCCCAGCAUAAUUUGUAUGUUAUCUGGAAUUUUUUCUCCCAAAUGUAAUUUAUAGAGCGACCCUAAGGAAUGAAACAUAAUCUUUAGAAAGUGAUAAUGACGAAAAUGUUUAGAAUAUUCCUCUUUGAGGGAUA